CAGCUUGCCUAACUUGUCGGUUACUGUGGUUCUCUUGUUUGAGAGCGUAUACUUACUAGCAUACAAGAGCCGAUCCGCAAAAUUUUAGACUGAUGGGCCAUGUUUACUCAACCUAUCGUGACCCAAAAUCGAUGCCCGACAUUGUGAAAGGACCAAUGUUUGAUCAACUACAAGGAUUUCCGAAUGGCAGGAAAAAGCGAGUAUCAGUGGUAACUGAAGAGGAAAUGAUCGCUGCUGGCCUCAAACCACAUGAACGCGACUACUGUGCACACACGUUGAUUGCGUUCAGAAAAUGUAGGGCCGAGAACUUCUUUUCCGUGAUAACGUGCGCAAAGCUCAAGCAUAUUAAUUUGCAUUGUCAUGAAUCCGAUCGACUGCUGCGGCGAAAGGAAUAUGAACGUGAAAGACGCCUUUUGGCCAAGCAAAAUGAAACUCAGUGACUUUGUCGCCCUAUUAGUGUUUCCUCUCUGCAUUAUUUGAAUACAUAGAAUACGUAUGUUCACUACUCCACUUCCAAUAUUAGGUUGAUCCAAAACUGACUGUGUAACUUCUUGCUUCAAGGCUUUAUGGAACAUCUCAGCGGUUCAACAAUUAUUGAACCUCAGGUCAGACUCGGCUUGAUCCU